AAAAUGUUCAAAAAAAAAUCCCACGUCCGCAACCACCUCCUGACCCACACCGGCGAGCGCCCCUUCCACUGCAAGGAGUGCGGCAAGAGCUUUAACUCCCAGGCCAACCUCCUCCGGCACCGCCUGACCCACACCGGCGAGCGGCCCUACGAGUGCGAGGUCUGCCACAAGCGCUUCACCCAGUCCUCCACCCUCCGGCAACACCUUUUCGUCCACAGCCGCCGCUACCCCUAC